AUGUCGGCUGCGGAGGCGGAACCGAUCGCCGCGCGAAGCAGCGCGAAGGAGGAGAGCGAAGAGAAAGCGGAGGAAAGACGGGGAGUUCUGGGAAGAGACGUGGAGCGGUUGGAAGCGGCAUUUGCGGUGGACUCAACUGUCACUAGCGACAGCGCAGGCGACAAUGCGGGCGACACCGAGGAGCUCGUUCGGCUUCGCGAGGCGCUACGCGGAUUCCGGAUGCCCGCCGAAUGGGAGCCGCACGAUGGGUGUUGGAUGAUCUGGCCCGUCAGUUCCUCCCGGCAUGCCCCCGCGCUCCUCGCGCUCCCUCCCCGUCCCGCCUUCCUUUUCCCGUUCCGCUUUCGUCCACCGCUCCCAGUUCUUUUCCUUGGUCUGCACCGCACUGCACUGCACCUCACCUCCCAACACCUCCCUCCGCACCUCACCUCACCUCUCCCUUUCCCGCGCCAUGCGCAGGAGCGUCCCGACAACUGGCGCGACGCAGCGGUGCCAGCUCAGCAGGCGUUCGCGGCGGUGGCGGCGUGCAUCAGCCGAUUCGAACCUGUGCGCAUGCUGGUGUCGGGCGCACAGGUGCGCGCACGCGCGGACGGGGGAAGGGGAGAGAAAGGGGGGAAGAGGCCGUGGGGGAAAGGUGGGCAGGGGAGGGGUGGGAGAAACGAGGAGGGAAGGGUCGGGUGUGAGAGGGAGUGGCGGAACGCGCGGCAGCAGCUGCCGGCGUCAGUGCGCGUGAUAGAGAUGAGCAGCAACGACGCGUGGGCCAGAGACAUAUGCCCCACUGUGCUGAGAGCGGGUGCUAUGAUGGCGGAGCUCAUACCUACGUGCACGCGCCACCGCACCUCGCUCGUCAUGGAGGGGGGCUCCCUGCACGUGGACGGUGAAGGCACGCUCAUCACCACGGAGCAGUGCCUGCUGCACCACAGCCGCAACCCCGCUCUCUCACGAGCAGCCAUCGAGGACCACCUCUGUGCUCUCCUGGGAAUCUCCACCAUCAUCUGGCUGCCCCGGGGCCUGCAAGCUCGAGACGCCAAGAGCCGGCCCCUGCGCAUCACCCUCCUGCCGCUGCCACCCGCGCUCCACUACUCGCACCAAGACGUGCAAGGCCUCGCACAGAGCAUGUAUCAUCAACAUCGGUUUCUAUCCCUGGCCUUUGAGUGCAUUGCUGCAGGUGCAGUUGUGGUGCCUACAUUUGGCAUCCCAUCCAGUGACCAGCGUGCGUUUGAAGUGCUACAAAAGGUUUUUCCGGACCGUGAGGCCCUGCUGUCCCGCGUCGCGGCCGAACCUGUGAAGGUCGACGCGAGCAAGAAGGCUGCCGCUAAGGGCGCCAAGCCCGCCCCUGCUGCUGCCAAGCCUGCUGCUGCUACCACUGCGCCUGCUCGCUCCGGCUACAACCGCGGAGGUCGCGGCGGCGGUCGCGGCGGAUACGGCGGACGCGGUGGCGACUACCAGACGUUCAACGAGCCGCGCGACAAUGGCCGCGCGUUCAUCGCGGAGCGCCAGGUGCGCGGGGAGGACGGCGAGAUCCGCUCGUCGUUCGACCAGCACCACCACGGCGACCUCCGGAGAGGCGGCGGAAGGGGGGGAGGGCGCGGUCGCGGCUAUGGGCGCGACGGGGGCCAGCGCCGUCCGCACCGCGAGUUUGACCGCAUGAGCGGCACUGGCCGUGGCGGGUACGUGCGGUGGUGGCCUCAAGGGGGCUUUGAGUGGGUUGGGAGGAAGUGGGCGAGGGCGGGGGAGGGGGGAUGGAGGGUGUUGGAGAUCAAGCGCGAGGGGGCUGGCCGUGGCAACUGGGGCAGGGAGGGCGAAUACCUUGGCGAUGAGACCGUCGCGCCCGCAUCCGGGGAGGCGGAGCCGAAGGCGGAGGGCGAGUCGGCGGAGGCGGCCGCGGAGGUCGCAGCGCCGGAGCCCCCUGUGCUGAGCGAGGAGGAGCUCGCAGCCCAGGAAGCUGCGCGGAAGGAGAAGGAAGAGGAGGAGAAGCAAAUGACGCUGGAGGAGUACGAGAAGGUGCUGGAGGAGAAGCGCAAGGCGCUGGCGGCCAGCAAGGCGGCGGCGCGCGUAGUGGAGGUGGACGAGGAGAUGGCCAAGAUGACGCUCAAGAAGAAGCCCGAGGGCGACGACGUCUUCGUCAAGCUGGUCCGUGCCCUCUCUGCCCUCUCUACCCCUGCUGCUCCCAGUGUUGUCUUUGCUCUUCAUGCUGUCUCUGCCGCCCAUUCUGUCUCCUGUGCCCCGGAUUAG